AUGGAGCGCGCCAACAGUGUCGAACUGCCUGAUGGACAUGUUGUAGACCUCGCACCUCGACCUCCCCAACACCAGGUACAAUACAAGGCAUAUCGCGUAGGUUGUACGUCAAGCGCGCAAUCAGCUUCUGAAUCGACCGAUACGCUCCAACAAAUUCCAACACCAGAGCCUGAGGCCUCUCUAGAAACGAUGCCUCGGAAAGGAAAAGCGACUAAGCUUCCGCUACCGAAAAGCAUCUCGAAAAGAAGCAGGGACCUACUCAAUCAAACUCCAAGUCCGACUGCAAUUCCUAAGCCAUCUCCCACUGCCUUUUCAUCCGGAGGUUCGGGCGGCGGGGAUCUAUAUUGGAGAAAGAUCAGGGAAAAGUUCGAGAAGGAAUCGCCCCUGUCGCAACGUACUUCUUAUCACCGGACAAGAGAAGGUGACCGAGCUGCUUCUGCAAGUCUUGCGGAGUCUUUACAGAAGAUCAAGACCUCCGUUAGUGCUGCCCACAACAAAUCUAAAGAAAGCCAUACUAAGGGUCGAACUGGUAUUCCAAGCCCCAGUACUAAGAUCAGAGUCGUUUCAAACCCAAGAAGCGAACGGUAUCGUUACUCGGAAGGCAAAAAGAAUUGGGUAAAAGAAGGGGAUCAGUGGAUUAUUCGCGAUGCCGAUGAUUCUGCACUACCACCAUAUGAAUUGAAACAAUCGGAGACUAAAGCCGAGUGGGAUGGUUCAAUAUCACCUAUCUCUACCGAGGAAGGCUCCACAGAAUGGGAAGAUCGAUUUGUCGUGCACAUGCCAUCUGCCAAAGAACCCAACCCUCCGACGAUGACCGAGGACCAAAUUGCUGAAUAUCAAAAGAGCAUCAGUUACUACCGUGGAGAUGAUCGUCUUCUAGAUCCUACUGAAAAACCCAGUCGUCAUGAAUCUCCCGUUGUACAACACAGUUCUUUGGCGCAGCGAGAUGGAGCUUUGUCCCCAUUCAAAGCCUACGAUGGACGGCAAUCACCUGCACAGCAAGCUGAUCAGCAGCCUCCUUCUCAAUCUCAAUUCCAAUCUCCUGGACCCCACGGACAGGGUAUUUAUUAUAGCCCAGAUGAGAUUGGCAAGAAUCGCAUCAGUACUAUCUGGGAAGAAUCUUCUGGUAAGGUCAAAGAAAAACGAACCUCACACGGCGACGGCUCUUUUUUAGGUUGCAAGGAGAUCGAUGCUGCAGCAACGAAGAAUCCGGACGAAAUUCUUCUUUUCGCUACCGGAGAAGACUCGACGCAUCUGCAGCCUCGACCUCUGGCAGUAGGUGCGAAAAAGAGGCUCAGAGAAAAGAAAGUAGCCAAUCGGCCUGCACGGAAAUCAGAAGAGAAGGCUACUCUUCAAAAGGAGUGGUUACAAGAUGCUCAGAAUACGAGACAUGCCCAGGGCUCGAAGCAGUCGUCCACGACGAUAUGCAAAGACCAGAAUUGCCCACAACCCGACAUUCCCAGGUCCGAUUCACAGUACUCGAUAAAGGAGAACUCUCUCCCGAGACAGAUCAUCGAAAACCCCAUGGAGACAAUACAAGAACCUCGCGGCGACGACGAUGUGUUCAUUAUCACACCCACUAUCACUCGUACGUUGAUACCGACGCCGACACCAAACAACACUCCAGAAAAAUUGAUGUCUCUUCCAAAGCUGCGCCGCCUCGGGGGCACGGGUCAGACUGGCACCGGCAAGGCCGUCAAGGCCGUUCGAGCGAAAGCCCAGGUCAUCACUACACCUUCCACUCCGAAACCCGCACCAACGCCCUUGCCGAUCGAGUCAAGCGAUCUCUCGCUCGAAUCUUCCGAAACGAUAGCCCUCGACGCCACUUCCCCGAGCAAAAAGGCGCAGGCAAAAGAAAAGUCAUCAAAAGAGAAGGCUAAAGACACCGAGCGAAGCAGCUCAACGUCAAACGCCAUCCGUGGCUUCAUCCGUACAUCCGGACUGGCAAGAACCACCGGAAUGGUGAGGUCUCCAACAGACAGUCUGGCUCAAAUACUGCGCAACGGCACUGAGUCUUUGCGCAACCGUGCCGAAUCUCUACGCAAUGGGACCGGGUCUUUCAAUCGUAAGGGCUCUCCUGUUUCUCAGUCCUCGCUACCGACUAGAGAUAACUCUGAGUCCUCGAUAUCUUCCAAAUCUUCCAAAUCUGAUAAAUCGGUCAAAGAGACACCGAUUUCUUCGACGAAACCAUCACCUGCCGAAGUAGAAACUCCAGUGUCGAAGAAGGUGACAGUGAAGGUAAAGCCCAUGGGAGAAAAGCCUCCGCGAGACAAAUCUACCCCGGAAAAAUCUUCGAAAGAGAAGACUCGAGAGAAAUCUCCAGCAUUGAAGCCAUCAUCACCAUUGGAUAAACCCCUGCCUGUAAUCAAUACAACACCACCUCCGCCGGAGAAGCUGAGGAAUUCAAUUGACGAGAAGUCACCCUCCGAACAGCGCGAGCAGUUAAGCCGCGCCGAAAAGCUGGAGAGAUUCAAGGAACGGGCACGAGCUCACAGGAGAUCUACUCUCGAGAUUGCAGAAUUGGAAGGGCAUCAAGUCACAGACCGCAAAGACCUCCAUCCUAGCAUCACUAACAUUCGUGGUGAUUUUUCAGACUUGUCAGAAACGGAUAAAGAUGGUUCUCUCAACGAAGGGUCCAGCCCUUUUGCCCUCACUUUAAUACUUCAGAUUUUGUUCCUCAGCGUGGCACAGAUCCACAAAUACGUUCUUCGAUCGACUGAGAAUGCAUAUGUGAAAUUCCUGAUAGUCAAUGUUUCGAACAUGACCAGUCAUUGCUGCAUAACGUUCUGUCGCGUGUACCGCAUCAUCUCCGUUUACCAGGCUACAGGCCAAUGGCCCAAGCCAGAAAAUGAUCAGGCGAUCGGCCGGUUCUUGAUUGACCUUCUCCAAGCUGUUGUCUACGUAUUCAUUUUAGGCUUUGGCUGCAUGAUUAUUAGCCGGGCCGCAGGCUAUGUGGCUCUUGUUUGGAGCUGGAUUAUAUGGUUUGCCAAACCGCUUGGAUGGACAUGUCAUUGUGUUGGCCAUUCUGUAUUCGUGUGA